AUGCCUGACGCGCCUGCAACAUCGGAACUCAGGGAGGCCUUACGUGUCAAGCUCCCUAACACCUAUUCUGGCAACCGAAAGGAACUUGAAUACUUCAACGACGACAAGUUCCCUACUAGAGAAAGCUAUGCUCUAUGGACUUCGUCCUACCUUCGAGGAGAGGCCCUCCGAUGGAUCGAACCCUUCCUUAAGGACUACUUCCGACACGAAAGUACCAACGGAAGCAUGGCGGCUACCCAAACCAUGUUCGGCAGCUGGAAAGGAUUCUGUAAGGAGAUCCGACGCAUGUUCGGAGAUAUCGAUGAGAUCAAGACUGCAGUGGACCACCUAUUUGCGCUUAAGCAGACAGGCAGCACCCUUACAUACUCCACGGAAUUCUAG